CCCAUCCCCUUGUGGCCUAACUAUGGUAACCAUUUACAAGCCCUACACAAAAACCAUCAGUUUCUCCAUCGACCUCUCUAGCUAAUUCAUCAAAAAUGAGUGAGCUUGUUAUCCUCGAUGAUGGGCAACUGCGCCAGCUUGCCAAGCUUGUUUACUACCAAGAAGUAGACGCCAUACAUAGCAUAGACUUUAGUUCUGAGCCCGAACUCGCUGCGUACCUUCGCGAUUGCGGGGACAGCUACAACACCGUUCUUAACGUUUUGGAUUCUGGUCGUAAAGCUGACGAGGAGUAUAAGAACGACAACAUUGCAUCUCCCAUAGCUAAUGACAUCUACUCUUAUAUCAUAAAUGCUGCCAAUCUCGCACUCCAGACUGUGAGGAACUGUAGCUUGCGAUAUGAUUAUCUGGGAAAAAUUUCAGAGAAUGCUGGUGCCUUCAUCAAGGAAUUAGGAGAAGUGAACGGUGAUUUGGAGAAAGCUCAGAAAUUAGCCAAUGAUGCAUCCGAAUACAGGAAUCAAACCUUGGAAUCCAUCAGGAAGCAGCAAAGUACCGCGUCCCGUGAAUUCUCAAAAUUGGUUAAAGAGAGUGGGAUACAGUUCGAUGAGCUUGUGACCAGGUACAGUUCCAAGAGAUAUGGCAAGCUAUUUACCGAACUGGAAGAGCAUGAAAAGCUACAGGUGUACUACGACAUCAUUGAGGCAUCCGGUCGUGGAAAUGUGGGAGUGACGAGGUUUGCGACCGCGGCUGGAGCUGCCGGCAUCGCAGUGCUAAUUUUCACUGCAGCCAUGAUGGUGUGGGACAUAUUUUCAUCAGAGCACGUCCUUGAAACCGCCACACGCGACGCUGUGGAGUCGGCGGCAGCUAUCGGUGGCGCGAUGCUGGGGGAAGUCGUCGGAGCCGCCGUGGCAAGUAAUUUGAUUGGCGUCGAGGCGACUUCUGUAUUCGUGCUGCUGGCAGGAUUUGCGACCGGCAUUGUAGGAGCAUUUUAUCCUCGGGUCAUUCGCCGGCUGGUUGGUUGGCUUGAUUUUCGGCUCUGGGGGCAAGCAAAUCUCCAGUAUGGAUGGACUCAAAUGCUACGUGUCUUCGAUGCCCGACGGUGCAGUUCUCGCCCGUCAAAUUGCAAGUCAGUAGCUAUGGGCUUACACAAUUAAGAUCUUUUGUGAGCGAGAUGGGGUGCCUAUCAUCUACAUUUGUCGCUAAUAAAUCCUCAUACCAUCAAAUGAAGAAACAUAUAUCACUUUAAUUGACGUACGUCUUUCAAUAAGUCGCCAUUUCAGCAAUAUUCAAAUGGUACCAUAUAUUUGCGCUCU